AUGCCAGCGAUUGAUGAGUCAGACCGCGCCGCAAUUUCCACCUCCGCCAACGACAGCAUAGACAUCGACGACUUCGCCUGCUGUGAGGCCAGCGACAGCGAGGCCGAGGGCGAACAAGACGACGACAGUGACAGCACCGCCCACGACGUCACCUCCCUGUCCCCAGGCUGCUGCUCACGCUUUGCCGCCCUGACCGGCCUGGACAUCAACGAGAUCAAGCGGGAGCUAGACGCCCAGAACAAACACAACUACUCGGCCACACAUACCGCCGCCGACGGUGACGGUGACCCCCAGCUGCUGCAGCAGCCACCAAAACACCUCUGCCACGGCCCGCGCUCUGCCUUCGAGGGCGCCGACCACGCUCACCUGCAGUACAUCGAGAAGAAGGCCAUGGCCCUCAACCGCGUCGACGGGCCCGACGACCUCUAUGUCGGCGGCGUCUUUGCCCUGCGCAGGCCCGGCGCAAUGGAGGGCAAGGGCAUCACUCACAUCCUGAGCAUGAUCAAGUACAGCUUUGUCGACUGGCAGGGCUUCGAGGACCACUACGUCCACCUCAGCGUCGACGUCGACGACGUCGACGAUGAGGACCUGCUGGUGCACCUGCCACGGGCUGUGAGGUUUGUCGAGAGGGGGCUGCGCGGUGGGGAGGGGCCCUGGCCGCAAGGAACUGUCCUACCAGGGACGAAGUGGAAUAGGAGGGAAGCGGAGGAGGAUGGAGCCACAACAGGGCCAGACGAGAGUGUAGGGGAAAAGAGCAGGACGGAGUCAUUACCAGAGGCACAGAUGCGCAACAUGUCUCUGCAGGAGCACGCGCCUGCGCCCACCGACCCCUCAAAACCAGGCGCCGUCUUCGUACACUGCGCCAUGGGCAAGUCCCGCUCCGUCACCGCGGUCCUGGCCUUUCUUCUGUGGAAAUAUCCCCACCGCUACGGCAUCACACCUUCCAUGCUCGACCCGCAACAGCGCGCGCCCGAUGCCGACACCGCACGCAAGGCCGUCCAGGCCGCCCUCGACUGGGUGCGCAAGACGCGCGAGAUCGCCGAGCCGAACCCCGGGUUCAUGCAGCAGCUGGAGAUGUGGGUCAUGAUGAGGAUGCCCACCGCGAGCGGCGACGACGCCGUUGAGAGGCACCCCAUCUACCAGCGGUGGCUGUGGGAGCGCGAGGUCGAGGAGAGCGCCAAGAUCGGCAAGGCUCCCGAGUGGAUCCGCUUCGAGGAUGACCAUGCCGAUGAUGAGAAGUUGCCGAAAUCUGAGGAAGAUACCGGCGCCGACGAGAAGUCAAAAAACACAACAACCGAGCUCCGCUGCAAGAAGUGCAGGCGGGUCUUGGCUACAGAGCGGUUCGUCAUCCCGCACCAGCAACAACAACAAAAGUCUGGACCAGCGAGCCAACAGUCGUGCCCGCACCACUUCAUCGAGCCGCUGUCAUGGAUGAAGGACGUGCUGGAGGAAGGCCGGCUGGACGGCCGACUGAUGUGCCCCGGCAGCAGCGGCGGCGGGGCCCGGUGCGGAGCCAGCAUCGGGCGGUACGCCUGGCAGGGGUUCAAGUGCAGCUGCGGCGAGUGGGUGUGCCCUGCGUUCUCGCUCGGAGCUAGCAAAGUCGACGAGGUCAGGGUGCCUAAGAAGGGGCCGCACCAGCAGGAUGGGAACGGAGGAGGAGCGGCAGGGGAGUCUGCUGCUGCUGCGAGGGCGGCGGCGCUGGGGAUCCGCAUGCCGCCUGGGAGGAGGCAGAAUAACCUAUAG